AGUAAGAUCGACAGGAAUGGAAAAAAAUGGCGGCCGAUUUUUGACACCCGUACCCGUGCCGCCUCCGUCCCCAUCAUCGGGCGUAUGCGUGCCGUCCCCGAAACCGCUGCGCGCACCGACGGUCGCCGUUUCCCGACACCCGUCCGAUUACGGUACACCGUAUUGUAAACGCAUAGUCGCGUCAACGACAACAACGGACAAACCGUAACAUAAUCAUAACAUUAAAGCGUCGGCGUCAUCUCAACGGACGCCUGACACUGAUCCACAGCCACCGCGUAAGUACAGAAUACGAAUACCUACUCUUCAAGUGCCUACUCGACGUUACAGGGUUGGAGGAUUUUGUCUGUAACGGUGUUGAGGUACGACGAAUGUACGAUACGAUCAUCAACUCUCCGUUCGCCAAUUUUUAUCAUUAACGACGGUAGCAAUAAUAACAACAUCAGUAAACUAUAGUGAAUAUGAUUCUUCUUCGUCUCGCAUACACAUACCACAAUACGAUAUCAAUAUUAUGGUAAUAUUAGUUUCUGUCGCGUCGUCGAUCGGACACGAUUCGCGUGCGCGUUUGUCGUUGUAGACGCCGUCACUCUCRACUCUCGACUCUCGUUGUCGCUGCCACGCUACCCGUUGUCGUCGUUAAUAAUUGUGAGAGUCGUUCAUGAGCGACAUGAGCAGCGCGGCGGUGGCGGCCGCGGCCAACGGCGCGUCGUAAAAUAAUAUGUGUACGGUUGCCGUGUGGCGGCGCUUUCAUAGGAUUAAUAUAUAUGUCUCGCCGCGGCUGUUAAUGAUGCCCCCCGUGUACAAAACGUGUAAUUAAUUAACAAGACCUCAACAAUGUCUGAAAACGAAGGAUCAACAAUAGUGUUAGAUGGCGGAGCAUCAGCAAAUACUAUGACUAUUGAUGGGACUCACAUAAAACUAGAGGCUUCAACUUCUGGUUCUGAAAAUAUAACAGAUAUACAAAAUUACUUGGAUUCRUUUAAUAAAGAAAUUGAAGGAAAUGAAGUGACACAAGUGCAAACUGAUGGGGAUCCAGUAGAACAUGCAUAUUUCAUAGAUCAAAAUGUCCAAUAUUAUUAUCAAACAACUACAGGGGAUGGUCAGAUGGUUAUGGUUGGAGGACUUUCAGAACAUGAUGCACAAAUGAUGGCUAACUCAAAUGAAAACAAUAUGAACAAUGUAACUCAAAUUGUUCUCCCUAACGUACAAGAUAAAAUUAAAAAAGAUAUCCCCCAAAUUGUUGCUUUAGGAGAUGGUAGUGGGUAUCAAACAGUUACUCUUGUUCAAGCGGACGCUGAUACCAACAAUUACGUUCUUUAUGUAGUCAAACAACAAAAUGAUAAAAAUGAUGAAACAUCAAAYGUUAGUAUGGAGAUUUCUCAAGAAGAUCCAGAUCCAGAUGAUCCCGAUGUUAAUAAUGUAUAUGAUUUCAAUGAUGGGGAAGAUCCAACUCUACCAAAAAAACAAGAAAUAGAAGAUUCAGGUGAAGAAGAUGACAAAUCUAAAAUACCAAAAUUAGUACCUAAAAAGUCGCAAACAGUAACUCAAGCACAUAUGUGUAAUUAUUGUAAUUAUACUACUGGAAAAAGGUAUUUGUUGUCUCGUCAUAUGAAGUCUCAUUCUAAAGAACGUCCACAUAAGUGUACUGUUUGUGAGCGUGGUUUCAAAACUUUAACAUCUUUGCAAAAUCAUGUUAAUACACAUACYGGUACAAAACCAUAUCAAUGUAGAAGUUGUCCUAGUGCUUUUACUACAUCAGGAGAACUUGUUAGACAUGUUCGGUAUAAGCAUACUCAUGAAAAACCACAUAAAUGUACAAUAUGUGAUUAUGCCAGUGUAGAACUUAGUAAAAUGAGAAAUCACAUGAGAUGUCAUACUGGUGAAAGACCAUACCAAUGCCCCCAUUGUACUUAUGCUAGUCCAGAUACAUUUAAAUUGAAACGCCAUUUGCGCAUACACACUGGUGAAAAACCUUAYGAGUGUGAUAUUUGCUUUUCUAGAUUUACCCAAUCCAACAGUUUAAAAACACACAGACUAAUACAUAGYGGCGAAAAACCUGUAUUUAAAUGUGAUCAUUGUCCAGCCACAUGUGGUCGAAAAACAGAUUUACGUAUUCAUGUACAAAAGCUUCAUACCUCCGACAAACCUAUUAAGUGCAAACGAUGUGGUGAUGCGUUCCCAGAUCGUUACCAGUAUAAGGUUCACUGUAAAUCACACGAAGGGGAAAAAUGUUAUAAAUGUGAAUUGUGUCCUUAUGCUUCCAUGUCUCAGCGUCAUCUUGAAACUCACAUGUUAAUACACACUGAUGAAAAACCAUUUCAUUGUAAACUAUGUGAUCAGUCAUUCAGACAAAAACAAUUACUACGCCGUCAUCAUAAUUUGUAUCAUAAUCCAGCAUAUAUACCACCUCCACCACAUGCAAAAACUCAUCAGUGUAAUACAUGCCAACGAUCAUUUAGGCAUAAAGGAAAUUUACUAAGACACAUGGAAGUUCAUAUGCAAGAAUCAACUGGAAAUGACCGAAACACAGCAUUAAAACAAAGACUGGAGUAUACAGACUCAGCUAAUGAGGACGAAUCUGAGGAGGACACAAGUAUUCCAACAAGUGAAACUGGAGUUGUAGCAGUAGAAGGUGAUGAUGGACAGCAAUAUGUAGUACUUGAAGUGAUUCAACUUGAUGGUCAAGAUCAGAUAGACAAUUACACAUCCACAAGUGUAUCAAUACAACAAGUUGACCAAUCUUCUUCUCCAAGUCAAAAAGACCUUACCAUUUUAAAAACAGCGUCUUUAUUAGAUGUGAAAGAAGAAUGUGGUGACGGUGUUGAAAAUUGUUUCGGUUUUGAUGAUGAAGAUGAAGAAGAAACAACAAACUCAGGUGGUUAAAAGUAACUAUAAUUAUAGUGUAAAAUUUUUACUCAAACUUUACAUUUCCUUUUAUAUUAGUUGUAUACCGAGUUUUAUGUUUUUAGUUUUUAUAUCAUAAUUGAUGUACAGUGUAAUACAUUGAACAAACUGCUCUUUUUUUAAAGCCUAUUAUUGAUGUUAUUUUUAAUUAAAAAUAUUUAAACUUUUGAAAUAAGUACCCAAUUUAUA